GUCUUUUUAGUUCAGGAAAAUGUAUCUAAAUGAAACUGUAUAGCUCCUAUGCAGUAGGCUCUUGGUGAGAGAUCGAAAUCAAAUCCAUCGGAAUAAAGUUUGUUUGCCGCCAAAUUCAGCUCCAUAUUGGUUCAGUUGUUUGAUAGGCAAAUGACUAACUGUUAACUUGUUCUCCUCGUCUUUCGCUUGUGAUUGAAUAUAGCAAACAGUGAUUCACUUCCAGUCGCUCAUAUUGUUUACUUUGCUCAUUUGUGCCUUAACUUGUCAAAAACCCUGUUUUGGCGGCAGUCUGGUCAUAAUAUAAUUAGUUUGAGGUUUCUAGUGCGGCACGUUGGUUUUAAGAAACAAUUUGGGGCGUUUUCUUUGGAUUAUAUUGCUCUGCGACUACUACGUUACAGAUCUCUGCACCAUGCCUGCUUUUGGAAAAGAAAACGAACUUGGUGACCUAAAGCCCCUCACUAUCAAUGUGAAACGCAUUGUUCUAUCACCGAGCAAAUCCAAUAUCAUAGAUGAAGCAAAUGGGAAAAAAGCUAUGCCCAUUCAGGAUGGACAGGACUAUCAAGAGUUUGAUCCUGAACUAGAGCCGCUGCUUAGGGAAAACCCCAGACGGUUUGUCAUCUUCCCCAUUCAAUAUCCAGACAUCUGGGAAAAGUACAAGAAAGCGGAAGCCUCGUUUUGGACCACGGAAGAAGUGGACCUAUCUCAAGACCUCGAUCAUUGGAAUAAGCUGACAAACAAUGAAAGGCACUUCAUAUCGCAUGUGCUGGCCUUUUUCGCAGCAUCUGAUGGCAUUGUGAACGAAAAUCUUGUGGAACGAUUCAGCCAGGAAGUGCAAGUAACCGAGGCUAGAUGUUUCUAUGGGUUUCAAAUAGCCAUCGAAAAUAUUCACUCUGAAAUGUACAGCAUGCUGAUUGAGACCUACAUCAGCGAUCCUGUUCAGAAAAGUUUCUUGUUUAACGCAAUUGAAACACUUCCCUGUGUAAGGAGGAAAGCGGACUGGGCGCUUAAGUGGAUCAGCUCCAAGACGUCCACAUUUGGAGAGAGAAUCGUCGCUUUCGCAGCUGUCGAAGGAAUAUUUUUCUCUGGCAGCUUUGCUUCGAUCUUCUGGCUUAAGAAACGCGGCUUGAUGCCCGGCCUGACAUUUUCAAAUGAACUGAUCUCCAGAGACGAAGGAUUGCAUUGUGACUUUGCCUGUUUACUAUUCUCCUAUCUCGUUCAAAAACCCUCCAAAGAAAGAGUGACGGGCAUUAUUCGAGAUGCAGUUGUUAUCGAACAGGAGUUUCUGUCGGAUGCACUGCCUGUUAGUCUUAUCGGGAUGAACUGCAAGCUCAUGUGCCAGUACAUAGAAUUUGUGGCUGACCGACUGCUAAUGGAACUCGGUUGUGAAAAGGUUUAUAAUGUCACUAAUCCGUUCGAUUUUAUGUCGAUAAUAUCUACAGAGGGCAAGACCAACUUUUUCGAAAAGAAGGUCGGCGAAUACCAGAAAGUAGGUGUUACUGGCGAGGCCGGAGAUAAUGUUUUUACCACUGAUGCUGAUUUCUAGAUAUUAAUGUACUUUAUAUUGAUUAGUGGCAAUUUUAUUCCAUUUUUAGUUAAAAAACCUGUUUUUACAUAUUUCGUUCUGAAAAAAUUGGAAUUGUAUUUAUUGAUAAGAAUGUGCACAUUUAAAUCGUAAGACUGUCUCACUUUGUUUCAGGGUUUCUCCUUUUAGUUCUAGAAUUUAUAGUUAUCAAUUGUUUAUUACCAAAAAUAUAGCAUUAAGUGUA